AUGCAGAACGAGCACGGACAAGGCGUUUCCCACGCUGCGGGCGACUCAAAGGUCCCUCACUCCAUUCAACAGAAGGCCCCUCAAGGCCUCGAGGAGAACCUGCCAAACUCGAUUCAUGACACUGGCAGCUCCAAGCACGGCCCCCAGACCAACGUCAGCCACGCCAAGGGUGGAGGUGCCGCUUCCAUUGUCCCUCAGAAGAUCCAAGAGAAGCUCCCCGAGAGCAUUGAGCGUGCUGUGCCCAACGCGAUCCAUGACACUGGCGACACUGGCGGCAUGCACAGGAAGCAGUAA